AAAAAUUUCUUAAAAAGGAAUACGUGACUAAAAAGAAAGGAGGUAGUAUUAAAUUAGAAAAAAAAAAUCGUCUAUUACUCUCUCUAUUAAGGUGAAUAAUUCUUUCCUUAAAAAAAAAAAAAAAAAAAAAAAAAAAAAAAAAAAAAAAAAAACUAGUUAAUAAUUCUUCUUUGAUUGAAAAAAUCUUGCCCUCUUUUUACCCAUUUCCUUUCAUCCCUUCCCGUUCAAUUCCCUUCCCUUUAUUAUUGUUUUUUUUUUCUUUAAUUGCCCUCAGUCUCCAUUGAAGCGCAGUCCACGUUCUCCAUUGAAGCAGCUUCUGUGGGUUCGAAAUUUUGGACUAUUGAUUCAAAUUACAUUACGACCGAUUAUGUUGCUAGAGAAGAAAACUAUUUUCCUAAUUUGAUAAUUGAAUCAAAUGUUAUUACUUCUGACUAUACAUAAUGGAUGAGAUUGCUAAGGCUGUGGAGGAAGUUAAGAAACAGUGGUCUGAAACAAGUUUUCAGACUCAAGGACAUAUAAAGGCGAUAGAAGAUUAUGAUAGUUCUAGAGACAUUAGUGGAGAGAAGAAUUCGCUUCCUCGAUUAAACGGUUUGGCGCAGGAUGGUCUUGCUAUGCUUAGCUCAUUGCAUCUUAAGCUUGAUACAUUGGCUCCUCAACUUCCAACCUACGACGAGGUUCAGUCUGCCCAAGCUCUUCUCGAGAACUGGAAGGAACAAUCUCAAAGCUUGCGAAUUGCUUUGAGGAAUGCUAAUUUGCAAGCGAAGGUGAACAGCAGGAAAACUGCUCAGAAAGAGAGGGAACUUCUUCUAGGCGGUGGUAGCGAGUCUACUGCGCGUAGACGUAAUUUACAGACAAAGGCCGGGAUGACGUCUACAGCUGAAAGCAUUACUGAGAGCCUUCGUCGUAGUCGCCAGAUUAUGGCUCAGGAGUUGGACAGAAGUACAAGUACAUUAAUGACUUUUGAGGAAUCGACUGGAACAUUGAAGAAAGCUGAAAGUGAAUACAAAGGACAUCGAUCAUUGUUGAUGCGAACACGUAACCUACUUUCCACGAUGCAGCGCCAAGACCUUAUAGACCGAAUCCUAAUUUUUGCAGGGUUCCUCGUCUUCUCUCUAGUUGUUCUUUAUGUUGUUUCAAAGCGUAUUGGAAUAUUGAAACUGCAGAGAGUAGUUGUUGCAUCCUUAAAAGCAGGUAUGUAUCGAGGAGCUGGUGCUGGACAACCAGUGGCAGAUGGACUCAAUGUUGUACAGCAUGAUAAUGUACCUCCAACAAUUGGAGCAAACCCCGCUCAAAAUGUCUUGCGUGAUGAACUUUGAAUAUGUUGUUAUUUUGUUCUUUUAAAUAUUCCUAAUUGUGGCUCUGCGCGCGCGGUCCUCAAAGGAGAUGAUAAUUGUCCGUAAAUUAUGUAUACUGUCACAUAGUUACAUGUUAAUUAUGUUUGCGAAGUAUACAAAUUUUGUAUGCAUGUAAAAAUACAUAUUAAGGAAAAAUAUGAAAAGUAGAAAUAUUAGAAAUUAA